UGGCAUGAGAACAGUCCGACACACGCGUUUAGUAUUAAAUAUGAGGAACAUGAAACCACUUCGCUGGCGGCAUAAUAUUUUCAUUACACCAAUGAAAAUGGUUUAUUGUGUUUAAGUUUUCGUGACCCGAAUACCGCACCGGAAACUGGAUCGCAAGUAAAUACAAAAAACACCUGUGCUCAUACUGAGAUGAAUCCUGGUUGGUUUUUUAAAUAGCCGCUGCCAAGCGUAUAGUGUCAUCUUGAAUGAUUGUCUAGACGUAUCUGGAAUGAUUGUCUAGACAUUUCUGGAAUUGCGCUGUUUUAAUUAUAAUAUGUUAUCCUCUUAAAUAUGAUUCAGGUUUGUUACAUUCCGGCUGCUCACUGGCCGGCAUGAAUACAGGAUGUAAGUAACACAUGGACCACGUUCGCCGACUGCUUUUAGGAAAGUAGUCUCCCCAAGCGCUCGCUAGAUGGCAGUCUCGUUUCCUCCGUGUCUGUUCCGGGGCGCCCGGGAAGCGAUUCUAAUGUUUACAUGGUACAGCUGAGCUGGCCGGGCAGCGCCGGCUCACGAGAGAGCUCAUCGAUCGCCUGUUAUUAGACCAUGGCAGCGGACGGCUGCCGCCGUGUUGUCCUGCUGCCGGUUGUGCUCUCCUCGCUGUGGCCGUGCAUAAUGGUGUCCGCCCAAAGCUUGGCCUCCGUGGAGGUGUUUUUCAAGGAUCGCCGGGUUGUAUCCACCCUUUUGCAAGGAGAGGUCAUCGAGGGCAGCUGGGCUGAUCAUCCCCAACGGGACGGUGAUCCGAGAGGUGCUGAGCUUCGACCCGGGAGUGUGGAAGGGAAUCUGCGCGUAGUGCAGGAUGACAGUGUCGAUCUCCAAGACCAAUCCGAAGCCAGUGAGCCCUGGAUAGGUGUGGUUCCGGUCCAGAUUGGAGAGAGUGAAGUUUCAAAUGGGAACCAGGAGUCCUUCGCAGCUGCCGUCGUGAACAAGAUGAAGCGGGCCUUGGUCCUAGGAGCAUCUGCCCUGCUGAUCCUGGCCUUCAACCAGAACACUUUGAGAGAGAUGGACCUCUCCCAGGUACUCUCCAAGCCAGUGGUGGUGAUCCAGACGUCGGAGAAUGUCACCAAGCUGCUCGGUGCUCUCCUCAGGGGUCUUCGUGCCACAGCUAAAAUCACAUACAGGACCCUGGUGCAGGAGAACUUGGGGGCCACCUUGACUCUGUGGUCCAGUUGUGGACGGUCCCGAGGGGGCCUGUAUGGAGAGUGGCAGGGAGUCAUCUGCACUGGGGAGUCCAACUCCCAGGUCCAGAAGUACCUGCAGCAGCUGUGGGACACAGUGCUCCUGGUGGCCACAAUCCUGUGCACGGGAGUCAUCGUCCAGGCGCACUGGCAGUAUCGCGGCCAGCAGGGCGGUGACAACCUGGAGCUACUUCCAAAGCAGGAUGUCUUGAAGAGGCUGGCAGCCCUAAAGACGAGGAAGUACCGGCCACCGCGGCAACGGCGCGAUGGCGGCCGGGGGACGGAGACGGAGGACUGUGCCGUGUGCCUCGAGCAGUUCCACAACAACCAGUGCCUGCGGGUGCUGCCCUGCCUGCACGAGUUCCAUAGGGACUGCGUGGACACCUGGCUGCUCCUGCAGCACACCUGCCCACUGUGCAAGCGCAGCAUCCUGGGUAACUUCUGUAAGGACAGCUAAUGGCUUUUGCCUGGGAUGUGACUGGACUCACAACGGGAUUGAGCUCUGAACCCUGACCCAGCUUAGCCCCCGGUGCUCUAAACCUUGCUGGCCUCUGUGGUCAUUCCUGAGCCACCCCCCCCCCCACCCCGGAUGAGAGCAUCUGUGUGGUGUGUGUGCGUGCAUGUCCGCCCUGGCACUGUCAGGGUAGUCUGUAGGCCAUGAGAUUGGCUCCCUUGUUUGGUCGUGCAUCCUCUUUGUCAUGGCAGAUGAUUAACCCUUCAUUGUCUGAAGUCACAGGUCCUGGCAAACCGUCUGCCUGUACGCAAGCUGAGAAGCCACACUGGGCUACAAGUUUUUGAUAAUAUUUAAUACUAUUCAGUAUGUUUUAUAAUCUAUAUUGAGAUUUUGCAUGGUAACGUGGUAACAUGAUGCUGCGGCCGUUUUGGGCUGCGACCAUCACAGAAAGGAAGAGGUGUAAGCAGACCUCGCUGGUAACUAAGCGGUGGACAGACACCCAGCAGUCAGUCUCCACUAGGGCUGUACGAUAUCAGAUCUCCAUUUCCUUCCGAUUAUAUGGCAAAUGCACAAUAAUCACCAGGGGUUUAAUGACAAGAGAAACAUUUAGCCAGACGCCUGCUUUUCGGUACUGUACAGAUGUUUACUUGUGCUCACAAUUAGUAAGCAGAUCAGUAGUAUACCUAAAAUAUUACAGUGGAGGAAAUAAGUAUUUGACCCCUCGCUGAUUUUGUAAGUUUGUCCAAUGACAAAGAAAUGAAGUCUCAGAACAGUAUCAUUUUAAUGGUAGGUUUAUUUUAACAGUGACAGAUAGCACAUCAAAAGGGAAACUGAAAAAAUAACUUUAAAUAAAAGAUAGAAACUGAUUUGCAUUUCAUUGAGUGAAAUACGUAUUUGAACCCCUACCAACCAUUAAGAGUUCUGGCUCCCACAGAGUGGUUAGACACUCCUAGUCACCCUCAUUAGACACCUAUCUUAACUAGUCACCUGUAUAAAAGACACCUGUCCACAUAAUCAAUCAAUCAAGCAGACUCCAAAGUCAUGGGAAAGACCAAAGAGCUGUCCAAGGAUGUCAGAGACAAAAUUGUAGACCUGCACAAGGCUGGAAUGGGCUACAAAACCAUUAGCAAGAAGCUGGGAGAGAAGGUGACAACUGUUGGUGCAAUUGUCCUACAAUGGAAGGAGCACAAAAUGACCAUCAAUCGACCUCGGUCUGGGGCUCCACGCAAGAUCUCACCUCGUGGGGUGUCUAUGAUUCUGAGAAAGGUGAGAAAUCAUCCUAGAACUACACGGGAGGAGUUAGUUAAUGACCUCAAAGUAGCUGGGACCACAGUCACCAAGAAAACCAUUGGAAACACAUUAUACCGCGAUGGAUUAAAAUCCUGCAGUGCUCGCAAGGUCCCCCUGCUCAAGAAGGCACAUGUGCCUUCAGGCCCGUCUGAAGUUUGCCAAUGGGCACCUGAAUGAUUCAGAGAGUGACUGGGAGAAGAUGCUGUGGUCAGAUGAGACCAAAAUUGAGGUCUUUGGCAUUAACACAACUUGCCAUAUUUGGAGGAAGAAAAAUGCUGCCUAUGACCCCCAAAACACCGUCAAGCAUGGAGGUGGAAACAUUUUGCUUUGGGGGUGUUUUUCUGCUAAGGGCACAGGACAACUUCACCGCAUCAACGGGAAAAUGGACGGAGCCAUGUAUCGUAAAAUCCUGAGCAACAACCUCCUUCCCUCUGCCAGGAAACUGAAAAUGGGUCAUGGAUGGGUGUUCCAGCAUGACAAUGACCCAAAUCAUACAGCAAGGGCAACAAAGAAGUGGCUCAAAAAGAAGCACAUUAGGCCACUCCAUGACCUUAGUCAGUCUCCGGACCUUAAUCCAAUAGAAAACCUAUGGAGAGCGCUGAAGCUCAAAGUUGCACAGACAGCCUCGAAACCUUAGUGAUUUUAGAGAUGAUCUGCAAAGAGGAGUGGACCAAAAUUCCUCCUAAAAUGUGCGCAAACCUGGUCAUCAAUUACAAGAAACGUUUGACCGCGGUCCUUGCAAACAAGGGUUUUGCCACUAAGUAUUGUCUUUUUUUGUUAGAAGGUUCAAAUACUUAUUUCACUCAAUGAAAUGCAAAUCAGUUUCUAUCUUAAAGUAAUUUUUUCAAUUUCCCUUUUGAUGUGCUAUCUGUCACUGUUAAAAUAAACCUACCAUUAAAAUGAUACUCUUCUGAUACUUUUCAUUUCUUUGUCAUUGGACAAACUUACAAAAUCAGCGAGGGGUCAAAUAAUUAUUUCCUCCAUCGUAUCUGUGUAAAUUCACCACAUCUUUGUUUAAUAAACAUGAGGGAGUUUAAACUGCAAAAAAGUACCGCCAUAACCCUAUCUCGCCCUUCUGAAGAUGUGGCGGCUGCUGAGCCGUUUCUUCCUUCCACUUCAGUGCUUAUAAAUCGCUUCUAUGCUUUAACAAAACAGUAGUACAGGGCACUGCGCUAACUGAGUUUAAUAGGCAUAUGGAUACGCAGAACUUGCACUGAUUACUAACUUCGGGGCAUCAAAAAUAUGCAUCUCAUUAAUGUUAUAAGCAUACUGCUAAUCUGCUGAUCAAAUCGUGGGUGAGAAUAAACGUCUGUAUAGUACAAACAGCCGGCAUCCGGACAAAUGUUUUGCCUGCCACCUAAAGCCCUGGUGAUUAUUGUGCAUUUGCCGUAUAUUGGCCAGGAAAUCGAGAUCUGAUAUCAUGCAGCCCUCGUCUACCCACCUCUGCUUCUGGCCGUUCACCAAUGUGAUGCAAAACUGCACUCCUGGGCCCCGACACAGUGAGGCGCUCCCCGCUCCCGGAGCAGCGCUAUUACCGCCCCCAACUGACAAAAUCCAGUACAGCGUCAGGAAGCGCAUAUAAUUUAUUGUACCCACAGAUACCCGUUGGAAAUACGUCCCACGUAAUGAAGAACAUUCUCUGACAGGCUCAUCCAGCUCAGAAGGCUGUGUCCAUGUUUCACAGUGUGCGCGUCAGCUGGGGGGGGGGGGCUGUAUGUCACACGGGGCUCUGACCCCGUCCCUAACUGAUGUACCUUCUGUCCAUUAAACGUCACAGGGAAUCCGUUUAAUGUCAGUCUAGGUGUUUACAUCUCUCUGGUGUUUAAUAAAUGAAUCUGUUACAAACUUUA